GUGUGUACCGCGGGGAGGCUGUGUGGGCUGGGCCGGGGCGGCUGGGUGUUUUUCCUCAGCAGCAGCAGCAUCCUUGAAUAUCCUGUGACAUCGCUUCUUUUCUGGAAGAUGCUCAGGGCGGAGGAGACGAGGAUGAUGAAAGCGGCGCAAAUGAGGUGUGUCUGACCGCUUUCACUAAAUGAAACUAAAGCUGCUGCACCUGUACGGAGGAGGAAGACACACUGCGGACCCCGCCUGAGAAAAUGGCUUUUUGACGUGGUGAGGAUACUUUUUUUUUUUUUUAAAUUCAUGAGCAAAAUGUCUAAAAGCAAACAUUGCGAGGCGGUGAGGGUGGUGGUCCGCUGCCGGCCCUUCAGCAGGAGAGAGGAGACAGCCGACUGUGAAAACAUUUUGCAUAUUGACGACAGACUAGGGCAGAUCACCAUCAGGAACCCGAAGGCACCACCUGAUGAGCCCAUGAAAGUAUUCACGUUUGAUUCCGUGUACGGCUGGGGCUCAAAACAAAACGACAUUUAUGACGAUGCUGUGAGACCUCUGGUGGAGUCCGUGCUCCAGGGUUUCAACGGGACUAUAUUUGCGUAUGGACAGACUGGGACAGGUAAAACACACACCAUGCAGGGGGUGUCAAACGACCCAGACAUGAGAGGGGUUAUACCAAAUUCAUUUCACCACAUCUUCACACAGAUAUCCAGGACUCAGAAUCAGAAGUACCUGGUGAGGUCAUCAUACCUUGAGAUCUACCAGGAGGAGAUCAGAGAUCUGCUGUGCAAAGAUAACAAUAAGAAACUGGAGCUGAAAGAAAACCCUGACUCAGGUGUUUAUGUGAAAGAUCUGUCCUCAGUGGUCACAAAGAACGCCACCGAGAUUGAACAUGUGAUGAACAUAGGCAACCAGUCCAGGUCUGUGGGGUUCACCAACAUGAAUGAACGCAGCUCUCGGUCUCAUGCCAUUUUUGUCAUAACCGUGGAGUGUAGUGAAGUAGGGCCAGAUGGCGAGGACCACAUCCGCGUUGGGAAGCUCAACAUGGUCGACCUGGCUGGCAGCGAGCGCCAGAGCAAGACAGGUGCAAAGGGGAAGCGGCUAAAGGAAGCAGCCAAAAUCAACCUGUCCCUCUCAGCGCUGGGGAAUGUCAUUUCUGCCCUGGUGGAUGGGAAGAGCACCCACAUCCCUUACAGAGACUCCAAACUGACCCGCUUGCUCCAGGACUCGUUGGGUGGCAACGCAAAGACGGUCAUGAUAGCAACAGUGGGGCCAUCGCACAAGAACUUUGAAGAAUCCCUGGCCACGCUGAGGUACGCCAGCCGGGCCAAGAACAUAAAGAACAAACCUCGGAUUAAUGAGGACCCCAAAGAUGCCCUGCUGAGGGAGUUCCAGGAGGAGAUCGCACGCUUGAAAGCCCAACUAGAGGAGCGAGGGAUGCUGGCAAAGGAGAGGAGGAGGAGGAGGAAUAGCAAAAGGCUGAGUAAAAGUAUGGCUGGUAUGGAGGAGAUGCUCAAAGAGAGGGAUGCAGAGGUGUGGAAGGCUUUAGAUAACGAACCAGAGGUGAAGUCAUAUGUGAAAGAUGGAAGUGACGUCCCAAAGGCUCUGACCUGCCAGGGGAGCGGUGAGAAGUUAAAGCACCUGGUUGAGAACAGAAAAAGUGUGGUGGACAUGCAGUGGGAUCAGGAUGCUUUGGAGAAGAUCAUUGAGAAAUAUAAGGCUAUGGAGAGCAAACUGUUAGUGGGAGGAAAGACGAUCAUUGAUCACACCAAUGAACAGCAAAAGAUGCUGGAGCAGAAGAGGCAAGAGAUUGCAGAACAGAUAAGACGAGAGCGAGAGAUCCAGCAGCAGAUGAUGCUGCAGGACGAGGAGACCUUAGAAAUGAAAGAGACGUUCUCCUCCCUGCAGCAGGAAGUGGAACAUAAGACAAAAAAGCUGAAGAGGCUGUACGCCAAACUACAGUUAGUAAAGGCAGAGAUGAGAGAUGUCAUCGAUGAACACGUCAUAACCAGACAGGAGCUUGAACAGACACAGACUGAACUCACCAGAGAACUCAAGUACAAAUAUCUCUUGAUUGAGAACUUUAUACCUCCAGAGGAAAAGAACAAGAUCAUGAACAGGCUGCACUUUGACAGUGAGGAGGAUCAGUGGAGGCUCCAGCCGGUCCUUCCACCAGAGAGUGCACCCACUCAGGUCAAGAGGAGACCUCUCUCAGCCGUGGGAUACAAGAGGCCAAUCAGCCAAUAUGCACAGAUGGCUGUUUCCACAGCAACCGGGGCCCCAUCUCGAUACCAGGCUGAGAACAUAAUGCUGUUGGAGUUAGACAUGUCUCCCCCGACCAUGUUCACCUUGAACCUUAAUGGCGCUCACCUGGAGAGAGCCUUUUCUCCCAGGCUGAUGCGGGAUCUCCUGGUAACUGUUCCGAUCAGAGAGAGGAGCACAGCAUCGUCACGGGUCAGGAAGUCUCAAUCCUGGUAUCAGGCACCACAAGCAGCAUCCAUCCCAUCAUCCUCAUCCUCCACUACUCUGACAUCGGCAUCUCAGAGCUUCUCUCCUUCUCAGAGACAAAGACCAUCCUCAGCUGCCUAUCUUCCAUGUUUAGAUCCAAUUCAGACAAGUCCCUGAUACACGCCAAGACAACUACUGUACACAGGGCUGGCCUUAGUUUAAGGUGGCACAAGAAGAGGGGGGGGGGUGUUUUAUGCCUUUAUUUUAAAUUGAUUUCAUACCUUUUUGUGAGAAAGAAUCAUUUGAGUAAGCAUGUAUUCAGCUUAACGGGAAAGACAAACAUUACUUUUGCCUACAGUUGCCUAAAAACCAUGUAGUUUCUCUUGGUUUAUCCCAGAAUCAAUGAAUAGCACAGCUAAAACGUAAUCCUCUAAAACCAGACAUAUGAUUAAUUAUUUAAAGGAUCCUAUUUUUAAUUUGAAAACAUUUCCAUUGACUUUUUUUCCGAAAAUGUAUCUGGUCUUUGCCAAAACAGUGAAGGGUGAUGGGGGAACUCUGGUUUAGCCUGUAUGCUUGAUAAAUUGUUAUUUCAAUUUCAAUUUAAUUGGGAAGACUAACAUUAUUUUUGUCUACAGUUGCCUAAAAAUCACGUAGUUUCUCUUAACUUAACCCAGACUCAAUGAAUAGCACAGCCAAAACUUUCAUUCAUUCAUUUUCUGUAACCACUUAUCCUGUUGGGGGUUGCAGGGGGGGCUGGAGCCUAACCCAGAGGACAAUAAGCGAGAGGUUGGGUACACCCUGGACAGGUCACCACACUAUCACAGGGCUGACACAUAGAGACAGACAACCAUUCACACUCAUGGCCAAUUUAGAAUCACCAAUUAACCUAAUUAACCUUACUGGGAGGAAGACGGGGUACCCAGAGAAAACCCAUACUGACAUGCAACAUGCAAAUUCCACACAGAAGGGCUCCACCACCCCAGGACUGAACCAGAAAUCCUCUUGUUGUGAGGCGACAAUGCUAACCAUUGCAUCACUGUGCCGCCCCAGCCAAAAUGUAAUCUUCUAAAAUCAGACAUGUGGUAAAUUGUUUAAAGGAUCCUAUUUUUAAUUUGAUAAUAUUUCCAUUUACUUUUUUUUUCUCUGGAAAGGUAUCUGGUCUUUGCCAAAACAGUGAGUGAUGGGGGGAAUUGAGGGCCCCGACCACAGGGGGGCCACCCUGGUUUAGCCUGUAUGCUUGAUGAAUUGUUGCUUCAAUUUCUAGCUAAUGUAACCGUGAGCCAAAAAUGUGAAGAAAGCCUGCAAAUGCUCUCUUGAUUAGCUGCCUUAUUUUUUCAUAGUUGUGAAAUUGUGCGAAGUCCAUUUGCUUACACAUGAAAAUAAACUCUGAAAUGAUCUUGAA